AUGCUCAGCAGCUCCAACAAGCCCGUCAGUCUCUUGCCGCCUAAAACUCUGCCAAGAAAGCGCUGCUUUACGUUUGAUCCUAUGUGCCCAGAGAAUGCUAUGCGUUCUCCACUUUCGGACCUCGCAAAGAGAGAACGUGUUUUUUCCUCUCUCUCUCAUUCGCGGAGCGAAGAAAGCGGGCUUUGCGCAAGUUUUUUUGCUUCCUGCGCCCAACCUAGUAAAGGGGCUCUUCGACCAAGGAGGCAUUCUGGUAGGAAGGCCGACCACUACAGUUGCCGCCAUCGGGAAGAGAACGAAAAUAGGCCGUUGGUCGUGGUCAACUCCAAGAUGACUCGCCAUGAGUCCCCGUUGGCUAGCUUCCUUCCUCCCCAGACACACCCGGAUUCCCACGUGAAGCACCAUCCGUGUUCACUCGCGGGAAAGGCCCGCUUCAUUCUCGAGGCGAUCCCCAGUGAAGGUCUGCUGCAUCCCCUUUCUUCACAACCUCCCAAAAGGGUUCCCUGUUCUUUAUCCGGUUUCGUAUCGGUCAACCUUUUUUGGGCCUUUCUCGGGAAGGAAGUGGGAUAUGCGACCGAUCGCUUCCCGCCCCAGAGCAAAGAGGAAAGGAAGCUAGCCGAAGACAAGAAGGAAGCAGAAAUGGUCGAACUUCCUGGGAUCAAGACAGAGAUCGCCCUCACAUUUCUCCAGAUAGGAAGAAAUUCCAUAGGUUUUCCCGAAGGAAUGGGGCGGAUGGUGGCGCUA